CCCCAAUCGCAAUUUGUGAGGGCCAAUUUGUUGCCGUUUCUUGAUUCCGUGGUACAUUCCUUCUCUCAAAUUUGAUGCUUUACAUGCAUCACCACAUUCACUUCGAUCUCCAACUCAAAACCCAUCACUAAGAAACCAGAUUUUGCGGAACAAAAUUCAUUGCCAAUGACGACUGGUGAAAAUUCUGUGCAGAGCAAGAAAUCAAUUCCUGAUCUUGCUCCGUUGGAAGCAGUACUGUUUGAUGUUGAUGGAACUUUAUGUGAUUCGGAUCCUCUCCACCACUAUGCCUUUCGUGAAAUGCUCCAAGAGAUUGGUUUCAAUAAUGGAGUUCCAAUAGAUGAAGAAUUCUUUGUCGAAAAUAUUGCUGGGAAGCACAACCACGAUAUUGCUAUGCGUCUCUUCCCUGAUGAUAUACCAAGGGGCGCAAAGUUCUUGGAAGAUAAGGAAGCAAUGUUUCGGAGGUUGGCCUCAGAAAACUUACCACCUAUAAAGGGCCUGUACAAAUUAACGAAAUGGAUUGAAGAGCGUGGGUUAAAGCGAGCAGCUGUUACUAAUGCUCCGAAACAGAAUGCUGAAAUGAUGAUCUCGAAACUUGGCCUCAAAGCUUUUUUUGAUGUUGUUAUUCUAGGAAGUGAUUGUGAGCGAGCCAAACCAUACCCAGACCCUUACUUGAAGGCACUCGAAGUGCUCAAGGUGUCAAAGGAUCAUACAUUUGUAUGCGAGGACUCUGUUUCAGGGAUAAAAGCAGGAGUUGCAGCUGGGAUGCCUGUUGUGGGCUUAGCUACUAGAAAUCCAGAAAAUCUACUAAUGGAAGCAGAUCCUACUUUUCUCGUAAAGGAUUAUGAGGAUCCAAAGUUAUGGGCGGCUUUGGAGGAGCUUGAUAAGAAGGGAGGAUCUUUGAAAACAGCAGCUUGAAAUCCAACGCAAUUCGGAAACUCCAACAUUCUUGAAUAAUAAUUUUUUAGGGAAGUCUCAAGCUCUGUUUAUACUCAAGAUAAUUUCCAGUCAAUAAUGAGAUUAAUUACUUUCAUUUCC